AUGAAUGGUCUUCUGUGCCUGUGGCCUUCCGACACGGACGUGGACCAUGGCCAUUCAGAUGUCGCAGAUCAGGUAAGGCACCUCGCCCGCGAGGCGCUUACACAGCUGCAGAUGGCAGCCAAGAUGGAGUUCGCGCCGCCACUUGUCUGGGUUUGCCGAGAGGUAGUUGGCACAGGCAAUAAUGAAACCUUUCCUUCCCUCUUCGCGUCCGCCCUGGCGCUGAGCGCUGAGCCCGAGUGCGCCAUGCGCCACCAGAACGUGCUUGUGCCCCGGAUGAAGCCUGUGAAGACGGCUCCGGAGGCGAUGAAAACGCGUGGCCAGCCGGAGGAGCGGCUGCUGAGGUCCGGGUCCGAGGGAGCUGUACUAAUAACGGGAGGGCUUGGAGGUCUCGGACGGUACGUCGCUCUGUGGAUGGCCCGAGUCCACAAGGCUCGCCACGUUGUCCUCACCUCACGCCGCGGCGCAGCGACACCUGGAGCUGACGAGGUGGUGGCUGAGCUGGCUGCACUCGGCGCCAAAUGUACAGUGGUCUCGUGUGAUGUUGCAGACAGGGACAGCCUGCAGCAAGCGAUGGCCAUGUUCCGCAAAGGCGAGCGGACUGUCCUGCGCGGCAUAGGACACACCGCAGGCGUGCAGGACAACAGUGUGCUCUCGGCCCUGACGCUACAGCGGUGCAGCACCGUGUUUGCGCCCAAGGUGGACAGCACCCGUAAUCUGCACCAGGUGACCCAGACCAUGGGCCUGGAUCUGGACUUUUUCGUUCUCUUCUCCUCCAUCUCCGGCGUGCUAGGCCUGCCUGGCCUCGGUAAAUAUGCUGCGGCCAACACGUUCCUGGAUGCGCUUGCGCAUUUCCGUUGUGCCGAACACCUGCCAGCGACUUCAAUCGCGUCUGCCAUACAUGACGACGCUGCUUUCACCGUGGCCGCCGCGCUGGAUCCAAAACGGCAUCAGAGCUACUACGCCGACCAUGGGGGCAUCCCAUUGUUCAUGACCUCGCUGGUGGACUGGGGUGACACGCAGGCUGCCCGCAACCGCGAUGUACGCACAGCCCUGGAUCAAGGAUCCCCGGAGAAGCACCAGGAAAUUGUGCUCAGUACGGUCCGCGGGGCCGUGGCCAAAUCCUUGGGCUACCCCCAUCCGGAAGAGCUGGACACGGAACAACCGUUGCAUAACUUGGGUGUCGACUCGCUCGCUGCGGUCAUGGUACGCAACCAGCUUUCGAACUUGACAGGCCUGAAGCUCAAUGCCAGAUUGGUGCUUCAACAUCCCAAUCUCCAGGCGCUCAGUCAAUUUCUCCUUUCCGAGUUGUUGUCGAAUAAACCAGGUCAUGCACAUAACAACAACAAUAACGCAGCAUCACCCUCCAUAGCGUCGCAAUCUGGGCCACGGCUGAACAUGGAGGCCAUCAAGCUCGGUUGUCUGGAUCCUGAUUUCACAUUCAGCAAUGUGCAUGACAUUGCUAUCAUGUCGCUCAGAUCUGUCUUCGUCACGGGUGCCACGGGAUUUGUCGGGGCAUUUAUCUUGCAUGAGCUGCUGGAGCUAGGCAUAGAGGCAUCUUGUUUGGUAUGCGCAAGCAGCGCCGACAAAGCUGGGUGGCGCUUGGUAGACACGCUCGCCGCCUACGGCCUCUGGAAGCCCGUGUACGCUUCACUUCUCCAUCCCGUCGUCGGCGAUAUCACACUGUCCAUGUUCGGCAUGUCUCCGACCGACGCCCACGAAGUCCUCCGCCUCGCGUCGUCCGGUCGCGCGAAGACGAUCCACCAUAUUUCCACCAUGUCCACUAUCCCCAAGUAUAAGGGGUACGAGGUCAAGGGGGAGGACCAAGAGCGGGACUACGACUUCGUCAACACGCGCCCACCGGCCUUCGGCGACUUCUUCCGGCUCCUGGGGCCCGCCGCUGGGACAGGCCAGGGCAUGUUUUACCCUUUGGCCGUUGGCGUGAGCGCGCCGCCGCCUAUGGGACUGCCCACCGCAGCAGCCCGCUCGCCCGCAUUAUACGAGGUGACCGACGACGCCGGCGCCGCGGCGCUGGUGACGAGCCCUCGCGUGGGUGAGCGCGCCUUCCGGGAGCCCGAUUACCCCGUGCCCCCAGUCGACGAGGACUUCGCGCGGAAGUAUGUGCGCCGCAUCAAGGCCGCGCGCCAGGUUGAGGCCUUGGGCUGCCCUGUGCCUCUCCCUAACACGGUGACCCAGACGGUCAUCGCCUAG